AGUUAUAAUCUUAUAUUCAAAGUGAAAUAUGGUUUUACAUCAAACUUAUAAGUUAUUAACCAAAUUGUUACUGAUUUCUUACCUUUUGGUAAGAAAAGUAUCGACCGUAAUUAGUGAGCCAACCACAGCAACAAGUAGUGAACAUCAUAACUCCAAUAAUCAUAAUCAAAACUCCGAAGUAAAAUAUCACAACCAUCAUUAUCAAAACAAUCAAAACAAUGUUAACUCAAAAAUCAUCUCUGAUCAUAGUCAAUAUUACCAUCAAAAUCAAAAUUACAAUCUUGACCCAAAGUCAAAUCAAAAAAUCCAUAGUGUUCGUAAGAUUGAUGAUAAACUGACCAGACGGAUGCUAACUGAAAUGGUCUAUUAUCCACCUUUGAAACCAUAUUUCUCCUCUGAACCAGUUUCUCGAAGUUAUCUUCCUCCUAAUUAUGAUAGAGUCGAUCCUUGGCCAAGUCCAUGGCCAAGUCAACCUCAUGAAGAGGAUCAUGAUGAUCUUGAGAAGACGUUUCUUCAUUAUAUCUUUCCAACUAUCUUGGUAAUUGGACUUGGAUCUUUGAUUAUACCCAUAAUAGCAGUAUUUUUCAUCGCCUUCACUUACACCAACAGUGGAACUUGCAUUAAAUCAAAAAACAAAUCUUUAAUCGAUAAACGUCGACCUCAUCUGAUUCCCAAUAUACUUGAUCUACUCGUUGCAGUUGAAAAAGCCUUUUCUAAAGGAGAAGCAAAUUACAAGACUAAAUUGAAAAAAUUGAUACCCAAAAAGUCUCGAUCCAUCUCAUCAAAUUCACCAUCAUCUUCAUCAAAAUUAUCAAAUUCAUCCAAACAUCAUUCCAAGUUAAUAACAAAUUAACCCUUAACUAUUCCCAUAACCAAAAAAGCUAAUCUUUGUACUUAUCAAAAGUUUUAUCCACUUUUCACAUCCACAUUUUCCUAACAUACAAUGUUUACAUUUAACC